ACUAAUCAUAAACAUCAUUGAAGUUUGUGAUUCACUAAUCAUUUGGCUUUUGCAAAAUAUAAACCAAAACACAUUAGAAUUUUGCAAUUUACAUUAAAUUGUGUUAAAAAACCCAAUUGUGUAAAUAAAUUAAAAGAAUAGAGCUGUGAAGAUCUUGCGGUUAUAAAAUAUAAACUACAUUAUAUUGCUUCUACAUAUAUAACCUUAAUCGAAAGACGUGGGUCAAAAACAAUAAGCGAUUUAAUUGACAAUGAUUAUUCCUGUGCGUUGCUUCACCUGUGGCAAAGUUAUUGGAAAUAAGUGGGAGGCUUACUUAGGUUUAUUACAAGCUGAAUAUACUGAAGGUGACGCGUUGGAUGCCCUUGGUCUUAAGCGGUAUUGCUGCAGAAGGAUGCUACUGGGGCACGUGGAUUUAAUUGAGAAACUUCUUAACUACGCCCCUCUAGAGAAAUAAUUUGUGGGGAGCUAUUUAUAAGUUAUAUCCUAAGAAAUCUGUAUACUAUAAGAUAUGUUAUUUUUAAAUAAAAUGUGUAACUA